UACCAGCAACCCUUGGGCAUCUGGCAUCGAGGGAGCACGGGGACCCUGGGUUUCCUCCUGCUGUCAGUGGCCUGAGGCAUGGCAAAGGAUGAAAAUGUCCCUCUUCAUGGACAUGGAGUUUGGGAUGAGUGAACCAACACCUCUCAAGGCAGCAGAGCCUUUUAGCUCUGCUACAGACAAAUCUUGCCUGGAAGCGCUGCGAUCUGAGAUGUCUUUGGGCUUUCUUUUUACCAGCCCUUACUGUGAGGCUUUAGAGCUGGUGCUGAGCAGAUGCAUGGAGAAGAGAUGGCUGCUGCUGCUAUGGAGGCAGGGAGCGUGGGCAUCCCUCAAAAACCCGCAGGCUCACGCUGAUGGUGUGUGUCUCCUGACGAGUGUCCUGCUUCACAACCAGCUCGUCACAAGGGGCGUGAUAUGGGCCCUCUCCCAGUGGCUGAACUCCCCCUCGGGAAACCUGCAGCUCACAGCGACAGCUUUCUUUGCUGAGCUGAUGAAGGAUCCGCCAGUCAUGGAGAAGAAGUUCCUGGAAAGUGUCCUAGGUGUCUUGGUGGAGAAGUCACAGCACGGAAUCGGCGCCGUGCGGCAGAUGGCAGUGAGAGGCCUGGGCAACGCCGUCAGGGGAGCACCCAAGGAGGUGCACAAGCACAAGGCGGCCAUCCUGGAGGUGCUGCAGAGGGGCCUGGAGAACACCACGUGUCCUGUGGUGGCUGCUGAGAGCAUGCUGGCGCUGGCUGAGGUGGUGAGGAAGCUGAAGGCAGAGGGCUUGGGGUCUGCCUUCAAAGAUAUUGCCAGGUCCACCAAGAUGUUCUUGGAGGCGGAGCCAGAUGUCCUUCGCUUCUCAGCCUUCAGCCUCUAUGCUGUCCUGGCCUCCUCCGCCUCAGGGAAAAGAUCAUUCUUCACCAGAGAAGUGUGGGAGACCUGGGUCAGCCUUCUCUUGCACCUCCGGGAUCCUGACCCUGAAGUUUCCAAUGUGUGCAGGACCACUCUCUACGUCUGCGCUCCGUUUCUGGUGCUGGAGCGGGUGCAGGAGAGCAUCGUCACCUCCAUCGGGCUGAGCGCAGCCCAGCUGCAGUACGAGGUUUGCCAUUGCCUGGUCAGAGAUGCCCCUGCUAUGUUGGAGAAGCUCCACAGCAUCGCCAGGAGCCGCCGCCUCGAGAACGGCCAAGCGCUGCACCCUGCCGCCGUUGCAGUCCUAGGUGAGAGUCAGGGCUGGAGCCCGAAGCUGCGCUUCCCAAAGAGACAGCCACAGGGGACCGCGCUUUCCCCGUCCGCCCAGGGAGACCAGGGCCAGCCUUGGCAGGGCAGCCGCAGAAGGCUUUGCUCAGGGCUCAGGGCGAGCGUAGGAGAAGGCGACGGCGUGCAGAGCCGGCACUGGUGGGGUGGCUGGGCCCCGCACGAAGCGAUGCUCAGCUCUGCCUGCUGCUACGUCCCGACUGUAAAGUUCGGAUCUUUCUAGCCUUCCCCUCCAGCUCCCCGAGCAUGUCCCGGGUGUAGGGGAGGGCCACAAGACAGGGCUGGAGGGCAAUGCUCUGACAUUUGCCUCUUUGUCCC